AUGACUUCACUCUCCAGCGUGGCUUCUAUAUCCAUUGUUCCAUCACAAAGCAGCGGAGUGUUGUUUCCUGCAUUUGGUGCUUCGAACUUUCCACAACUGUUACAAUCUCGCUCGUGCAUGGCUGGUGUUAAAUGCAGCUAUGCAGAAGCUGGCAUAAAGAAGGAUGUCAAUGUCGGGACAAUUGAUGUGGUGGCUGAUGUUAAGGCUGAGCGAAUUGUAGUAUUAGGAGGCAGCGGUUUUGUCGGUUCUGCAAUAUGCAAGGCUGCCGUAUCAAAGGGUAUCGAGGUCAUUAGUCUUAGCAGGUCAGGGCGUCCUUCAUACACAGCUUCAUGGGUAGAUCAGGUCACAUGGGUCAUGGGAGAUGUUUUCUAUGCAAACUGGGAGGAAGUGCUUAACGGGGCUACUGCAGUUGUUUCAACACUUGGAGGUUUUGGCAGUGAGGAACAGAUGCAAAGGAUUAAUGGGGAGGCUAAUGUCGUGGCAGUAAAUGCUGCUAAAGAUUUUGGCAUUCCAAAAUUUAUAUUGAUAUCAGUUCAUGAUUAUAACCUACCAUCUUUUCUACUUACAUCGGGUUACUUCGUCGGAAAGAGGAAAGCAGAAUCUGAGGUUCUCUCCAAAUAUCCAAUGUCAGGUGUAGUUUUCAGACCAGGGUUCAUAUAUGGGAAGAGGAAAGUUGAUGGAUUUGAGAUCCCUCUGGAUAUGAUAGGGGAACCGCUUGAGAAGUUUCUGCUUGCUGCAGAAAAUUUUACUAAACCUUUAAACUCUCUGCCUGCCUCCGAUUUACUCUUAGCCCCACCAGUUAGCGUUGAUGAUGUUGCCUUUGCUGUGGUAAAUGCUGUCAUAGACGACGACAUCUUUGGCAUUUUCACUAUUGAGCAAAUUAGGGAAGCGGCAAUAGCGCUUAAGGUUUGA